UAGGUUGUGCCCGGGAACGCAUUGGAUGCAUUGGAAAUGUGAAUAAUUUACUGGGGAUAAAUGCAGGAUAUUUUGUUGGUGUCAUUAUUGAAGGAUAAUUAUAACAUGAUGAGGAAGACAAGGCAGCUAUAUAUCUAAAUAACGCUAGAAUACCGAGGAUAUAAGUUGGUCAAUUCCAGAAGAUUUCGGUUCCCAUACGCUCUUUGCCUCCAGAAGACCAGUCCACGCAUCGUGACGUACGCAAUCGAGGAGACACGCUUAUAAUAUUGUAAUGACGUUUUAAUUAAUAGAAUUUUUGAUCCGAAAUACUAAUAGCAUAUCACAUAAUUAUCACAUAUAUGGUUCAGUCGACGUUUUAAGUGCUAGUGAGUUUCGCUGACGAAUACGAUCAGGAAACAUAUUGUAACUUCAUAUCUACUCAAUACCGUUGGUCCAUCUGACAUCUAAUUUGAUGGUCAUGUGAUCUUGUCUCGUAAGGAUUUUUAUCAUCCAGUGCAGCGAUUAUGCCUGAGCUAAACGGGCAACUUGACGGAAUGAGCACCCCGCGGUCUCCCGUGCGAACUCGGUCCUCCUCACCAGCCCGUGGGACACCCUCCAUCAACGGACACCGCAGUAACUCGGCCUCUUCGAACAUCAGCGGACACAGUAAGAACUCGUAUGGGUCGAACCUGUCGAACCGGCCUGAGGUCGAGGUGAUCUUCAAUACGCCCCUGGAGAAGAAAUAUGAGUGCCCAAUUUGCUGCCAAGUACUAAGGUACCCCGUCCAGUUCGAGGAGUGUGGUCAUCGUUGUUGUUCGUCAUGUCUGCCGGAACUACUGAGGGUUGCCCCAAGAUGUCCAAUAGACCAGAUGCACGUGGACCGCGAGAAGAUAUACGUCGACAAGGCGUUUCAGAAAGAAGUGGAUAACCUCCUGGUGAAAUGCUCAUACCAUGCAAGAGGAUGUUCGUGGACUGGAAACCUGAUGGACCUUAUGGUCCAUAUCGAAGACUGCGAAUAUGUGAUAAUAUCGUGCCCCAACGCCUGCGGGGUGGAUUUUGAAAAACGGUUCCUGGACAAACACUUGAACGAUGACUGCACACGACGAAAGGUCCCUUGUGACUACUGCGGGACCUGCAUCUACGUGGACGAAGAGGUGGACCAUCUGAACGAGUGUCCAAAGUUUCCGGUGACCUGUCCGAACGGGUGUAAGAAAACCGAGCUCAUCAGAGAGGAGCUAGAGGUUCACAUGGACACGGAAUGUCCCAAGCAACCAGUGGACUGCCCAUUCGCUGCCUUUGGUUGCGAGCAAAAGUUUCAUCGCAAAGAGAUCCAAGAUCACCUUCAAAGUGAGCCAAUCAAUCACAUGCACAUGGUCUGCGACGCCAUGGUCGACCACAAGGCUCUUAUAGAGAAGCAUGAGGGAGACAUCCAAAAACAUGGUGAAGUAAUAAGGAGGGUCGACAAAAAGGUUGAUAAUCUGGAGAAGAUAUAUGGUGUACAGUUCCUCUGGAAGAUAGAUAACUACGAAGAGAGGCUGGCUGACGCCAAGUCGGGCAAGAAGACGACCUUGUUUAGUCCGCCAUUCUACACACAUCGUCAUGGAUAUCGGUUGACAAUGUCUGCUUGUUUGAAUGGUGACGGAAAAGCCCGCAACAAGUACAUGUCGCUGUUCCUGUGCAUAUGCAAGGGCGACUACGACCCACUACUGGUAUGGCCCUUCAGUAACCGUAUCAACUUCAAUCUUAUCGACCAGUGCGAGGAUCCCGCUGCCAGACGGAACAUUACCUUCUCAAUCAAGCCAAACACCGUCAAGGAAAAUAGACCAUUCCUCGGUCGCCCCGUCAGUGAACGUAACGCAAGUUUUGGGGCGCAGAAAUUUGUGGAGUUGGACACUGUGAACACCCUUGAUUAUAUCAGGGAUGACACUAUUUACUUGAAAGUUUCGAUUGACCUGGAAGAUAUAACGCCGCUUUAGACUUCAGGGUUUUCAACCAAGGUGGUGCAACUUCCCAAUGCCAUCAAGGCCUAAUGCCACGGCAUGGGUAAUCGACAGAUGUUUCUGGUUGACUCGGUGUCCGAUUGGCCUUUACAUCUGAACUGAUCCAUGAUUUUGCAGAGAGAUGAUAAAAUGAAGCCAUGUGAUCGUUUGACUGCCUGAUACAAAGUGAGUUGGAACCAAUGUUAGAUCGUCUAGCCAUCGAUAGAAGAACUGGGAGACCUCUCCCUCAAACUGAUUUGAACUGGGGAGUCGGCUUGGCAACCCUCGAUAAGAAUCAUCAAGAAAAGACUAAAACAUUUAUGUCCACUACGGCCUACCAUAACCGAGCGUGCGAACGAGUUUGGUAUAUCUGUACUGUAGGGAUGGUACAUGAUGUCAAUAAUUAAGUUUACCAUUGUCCGUGCGUCCUUGCGAUCGAUUGAGGCAGAGGAGCCUUAACGAUUUUGAUGUCGAUCCGAUAUCCAGAAUAGUAGCAAUCUUGGAUUUCGCAGAGUAGAACAGAGUUUCUUCUUUCACAAAUUACAAGGGUAAUUCGUGGUCAAUCAGGGAUUUUGAAGACGUAUUGCAGCUUUAAGUGCACUUCUCGGCACGGGCCUCCCCGAUAAGAAGGUUGUUCGCACCUGACUCCGAGCCCCCCUCUUGGCUACGCCUAUGAAAUAUACACUAUCUGAAGGAAUUUGCUACAAUACUGGUUAAAUGAACAUUGUAUUAAGAACAUUGAUUAUAAAAAUGCCAGAUUAUAAUAAUAGUUUCCAUGCUCCAUACUUUAUGUGUUGCCAUGCAAUAAGAUAGUUUUGUGCAAAUGGCUUUUAUUGACAAUUUGCUGUUGAUGCAUUAACAAUUCAUUUGAACGAUACUGGCACAUGAGAUGCUGACAGACCGAAUGCGUUUAUGCAUUAUCUCUAUCUGUACCUGCAAAUGCACAUGAAGAACAAUGAAAAAUAUUUGCUUCUGCUUUUAAGGGGUCAUGGUGACGCACGUACAAUGUAUCAACACUUCUUCUCAAUUUAUGUCACCCAACGGAAGAAAAUAACGCUCAAAUGCCACCUAAGUAGUUGCAUUAAAAUCAUAUUUAACGGUUGACAAAAGCCACCGCCAUUUUGGUUAGAACUUGAAAUCCUAAAGCAUUAAGAACUCGUUCAAAACGAAGCGAAUGCCAAUUUCAAGGGUGGGAGUCAAAGAACUGAUCCCCACCCUUGAUAUUGGCAUUCACUUCGAUUUGAAGGAGUUCUAAUUGAAUUUCAGGUUCUAGCAAAUUUGGUCUUGCCCAAGGUCAACCCUUAGACAACUUAUAUCGGUGUUCAAAUUGCUGUCGAGUGUCGUUAGCAUGGGAGAGAUUAGACAAGAAUUAAAACAAGGUGUGGUUUGAUUCGUGUAAUGUUAUUGUCUGUCCCAAACAAAAUAAGUAGCACACAUUGCAUCAUUAGAAUACCAGAUACGCUAACGUGAUGAAAAUUGACAUAUAGAGUACAUUGUAUAUCAAGAAUUAAUAAAGGCUAUUUAUUUACAUCAGAUUAAAACAGCAAUGCUGAAAUUCAUAAUAAUAUGAAUAUAAUUUUUUAAAAUCUCGAAUUCCAGCUUUUGAACGAACUAACGGCCCCUUAUUAUUUCCACGGAUAGAAAUGCGGUGAAAGAGAUUAAUACAUGUAUUUUAUUUCAUCUAGUAUAAUAUGUACAGUAGAACCUUCCUUAGCGGACACCUCUCUAUUAAGGACAACCUCUCUAUUAAGGACACUAGUUUUGGUCCCAAAUUGGUUCUUUCCAUUCAAUUUGACCUCUCUAAUCAGGACACCUCUCUUUUAAGGACAACACUUGUCAGUCCCGAGGGUGUCCUUAGUAGAGAGGUUGUACUGUACAUGUGCCAAUUAUAUCCGCUGUCAAGAGUUAGCUCUCGUAACAUCAUAUACGUACAUUGCAGUUUUGGCCCCGUCGGUCUCAUGAAUCUUUACUUAUAUUCAGUUACAAAUUUUUACAU